AUGAAGACCACCAAUGGGACUGAGACAUUCUACAAGAGUCUGUACACUGUGCUGAAAGCCUUAAAUGAAACACUCCACAGCAACUUGCUCAGCCGUCCAGGACCAGAGCCAGACAACCAGACUGGGAAACCACAGGCCAGAGUCCCUGGCCGUGAUGACAAUUCCUACAUGUACAUUCUCUUCGUCAUGUUCCUAUUUGCUGCCACAGUGGGCAGCCUCAUCCUGGGAUAUACCCGCUCCCGCAGCAAAGUGGACAAGCGCAGUGACCCCUACCAUGUGUACAUCAAGAACCGUGUCUCUAUGAUAUAA